AACGCAAGGACUCAAACAGUAUCUGAAUUUAUUUCCUAAUCUAUACGCAUUAAAGUUUCAAUGAUUUUCCAUGACACAGGAUUACAGCUGGAAUCAAUAAAAUGGCCUUCAAAAUGAGUGAUCCUCGAAAACUGGACAUAACGGUCGAGAGUGUGAUUCAGGAUCAGAGAUCAGACUUCCCAGAAUCCACCUGUAUGUCCAUGAAGAGUGACCAGUCCAUGACACCACCACUGAAAUUCAGAAAGAUUCUGUCACCACAUCAGGGUGUGAUUCAGGAUCAGAGAUCAGACUUCCCAGAAUCCACCUGUAUGUCCAUGAAGAGUGACCAGUCCAUGACACCACCACUGAAAUUCAGAAAGAUUCUGACACCACAUCAGGGCAGGGAACUACUGAGUCCAGCGUGCUCUGGGACAGAGGGGAAGGAUGAAGGGGAACGGUGCACUGUCAGUGAAGGAGUGCUAAAAGAACUGGACCAUGGAAGCCCUGCUAUCACACCGCAGAACAAACUGCCCCCCCAGUACCAGACAAAACUCAAAUCCAGGCUGAAAAAGAAGUGUAAAAUAAUAUAUGAAGGAAACUCAGAUAAUAGAAGAGUGAACGAGAUCUACACAGAGCUUUAUAUCACAGAGAGCUAUAAUGAAGAGAUUAUUAAUGAACAUGAGGUGAGACAGAUUCAGACAGCAGGCAGGAGACCAACAACACAGGAGAAACCCAUCAAAUGUAACGACCUCUUUAAAGACACGUCCAUAAGAACUGUGCUGACUCGAGGAGUUGCUGGAAUUGGAAAAACUGUCUCAGUGCAGAAGUUUAUUCUGGACUGGGUUGAAGGAAAAGCAAACAAUGAUGUACUCAUGUUUCCACUUCCUUUUCGAGAGCUGAAUUUAAUGGGGCAAAGAAAACUCAGUCUGAUGAAUCUUCUUCAUAAUUUUUUUCCAGAAACAAAAGAAAUGCCGUUAGUAGACUUGAAUCCCUUCAAAAUUGUUUUCAUAUUUGAUGGUCUGGAUGAGUGUCGACUUCCUUUAAAUUUCCACAGCAGUGAGAUUGUGUAUGAUGUGACCACAUUAGCCUCUGUGGAUGUGCUGCUGACAAACCUCAUCAAGGGGAAUCUUCUUCCCUCUGCUCACCUUUGGAUCACCUCUCGACCUGGUGCAUCCCAUCAGAUCCCUUCUGAGUGGGUAGGUCUGUCAACAGAGAUACGAGGGUUCUGUGAUCCUCAGAAAGAGGAGUACUUCAGAAAGAGAAUCUAUGAUCAGAGCCUGGCCAAUAAAAUCAUCUCACACAUAAAGUCUUCAAGAAGCCUCCACAUCAUGUGCCGCAUUCCAGUUUUUUGUUGGAUUACCAGCACUGUUCUAGUGAGAAUGUUGAGUACAGCAAAUAGUCGAAAGAUCCCCAAAACUCUUACUCAGAUGUUCACCCACUUCCUGAUCUUUCAGAUCAAACAAAAAGACCGAAAGUAUCAUGGAAAAUGUGGCCCUGAUCCUCAACAGACCAUAAACACUCUUCUAGCUCUGGGAAAACUGGCUUUUCAACAGUUGGAAAGGGGCAACCUGAUCUUUUAUGAGGAAGACCUGAGAGAGUGUGGUAUUGAUGUCAGAGAAGCGUCAGUGUACUCAGGAGUGUGCACCCAGAUCUUCAGAGAGGAGCUUGGAUUGCACAUUGGGAAGGUCUACAGCUUUGUGCAUCUGAGUGUUCAGGAGUUUCUGGCUGCUUUAUAUGCAUUCCUCAGCUUUACCAUGUACAACAGAAAUGUGCUGGUGAAUGAUCAUUUUAAAUGUGUACCUUACAAUUUCCAACGAAUGUCAGACUUUCUCAAGAGUGCAGUGGACAAGGCCUUACAAAGUGAAAGGGGACAACUAGACCUUUUCCUCCGUUUUCUUCUGGGUCUCUCGCUGGAAUCGAAUCAGACUCUCUUACAACACCUACUACCACAAACUAAAAUAUGCUUUCACAAAACAGAGGAAAUAGUCAAAUACAUUAAAAGGAAGAUUAAGAGGAAUGCCUGUACAGAGAAUAAUGCCUCUGCAAAAAUUUCCAUCAAUCUGUUUCAUUGUCUACAUGAACUGAAAGAUGAUUCUCUAGUGAAGAUGGUCCAAACGUUCCUUAACAAAGGAGGUAAAAGACGACUCAUGGGAGCCAAACUCUCUCCUCUUCAGUGGUCCAGUCUGGUGUUUAUGUUGCGAACCUCAGAAGAAGAGUGGACUGAGUUUAAUUUGAGUAAAUAUGACACAUCGGAUGAAUGCUUUCUAAGGCUGCAGACUGUGGUAAAAGAAUACAGAAAAGCUGUGCUAAAUCACUGUAAUCUCACAGAGAAAAGCUGUGAAGCUCUAGUCUCAAUUCUCAGUUCAAGCUCCUCUAGUAUCAGAGAUCUGGACCUGAGUGACAAUGAAUUGCAAGAUUCAGGAGUGGAGCUGCUCUGUGCUGCACUGAAGAAUCCACACUGUAAACUGGAGACACUAUGGCUAGGUCAUUGUAAACUUACAAAGAAAAGCUGUGAAGAUCUAGCCUCGAUUCUCAGUUUAUGCUCCUCUAGUAUCAGAGAGCUGGACCUGAGUGACAAUGAUCUGAAGGAUUCAGGAGUGGAGCUGCUCUGUGCUGGACUGAAGAGUCCACACUGUAAACUGGAGAUACUGAGUCUCAAUGGUUGUAAUCUCAAAAAGAAAAGCUGUGAAGCUCUAGCCUUGAUUCUCAGUUUACGCUCCACUAGUCUCAGAGAGCUGGACCUGAGUAAAAAUGAUCUGAAGGAUCAGAAUCAGAUUUAUUGGCCAAGUAUGUGGAUACACACAAGGAAUUUGUUUCCGGCUGAUUCAGGAGUGGAGCUGCUCUGUGCUGGACUGAAGAAUCCACACUGUAAACUGGAGAAACUAUGGCUAGGUCGCUGUAAUCUAACAGAGGAAAGCUGUGCAGCUCUGUCCUCAGUUCUCAGCUUAGACUCCUCCAGACUGAAAGAGCUGAACCUCAGUAACAAUUAUCUGAUGGAUUCAGGAGUGGAGCUGCUCUCUACUGCACUGAAGAAUCCACACUGUAAACUGGAGUCACUUGGGCUGUAUCAGUGUAGUCUGACAGAGGAAAGCUGUGGAGUCUUGGCCUCAGUUCUCCGUUCAGACACCUCCCAUCUUAUAGAGCUGGAUUUCGGAGACAAUCCUCUAAAGAAUUCAGGACUAAAGCUCCUCUCUGCAGGACUGGAGAAUGAACAUUGUAAACUGGAGAUACUGGGACUUUAUAAUUCCAAGCUAACAGAGGAAAGCUGCACAGUUCUAUCUUCAGUUUUCAGCUCAGACUUCUCCAGACUGAAAGAGCUGAACCUCAGUAACAAUAAUUUGAAGGAUUCAGGAAUAAAAAAGCUCUUGGUUGGACUGAAGAAUUCAAAUUGUAAACUGGAGAUACUGAAACUUCAUAAGUCCAGUCUAACAAAAGAAAGCUGUGAAGCUCUGUCCAUUGUUCUCAGCUCAGACUCCUCCAUACUGAAAGAGCUGAACCUCAGUAACAAUGAUCUCAAGGAUUCAGGAGUGACACUGCUCUCUACUGGACUGGAGAACCCACACUGUAAACUGGAGAAACUAUGGCUAGGUGGUUGUAAUUUAACAGAGAAAAGCUGUGCAGCUUUGUCCACAGUUCUCAGCUCAAACUCCUCCAGACUGAAAGUGCUGGACCUCGUUAACAAUGAUGUGAAAAAGCUCUUGGAGAUUUUUGAAGAUAAACUGGACAUACUGAGGGUGGACCAAUACAAUCUGUCAAAAGGGUCUUCAGUUUUAUCCUCAAUUGCCGGCUCAAACAACUCCAGUCUACAAAGGUUGGACGUGUUUUGUCCUGGCUGAGACAGAAGGUCACUACACAGUUCUGAUGUCAGCAGUACAGAAGCUCAGACGCUGUGUGCCUGUAAUCUCCCCCAUUCCUGUACUUGUCUAAACAGGAAAAAAUGGGUGUAAAUGUCAGAUACUGUAAAUGUGCAGUACAAUCUGCAGUAUCUAACCUCAGUCAGAGCUUCUAGAGAAAAGUCCACAAGUUACCAAGUUAGCUCUUCUAAAUAUUAGAUCUAAAUGAGAUCAACACAUCUCAUUGAAUGAAUGAUUUUAUUACAGCACAUGGGCUUGAUUUUAUACUGUUAACAGAAACAUGGCUUAGUUAAUGUAGUGCUGCGACUGUACAAGCACAAAAGGUGCAAGUCUGUUUCAUGGUUCUUUUCAAUGCAAGCAGUUAUCAUUGGGUGGCUUCACAUUAUUUGAAUAUCUCUGUACAGUUCUGAAAAAGGACACCAUGAAUAUUAAACUGCUUACAGGCCUCCGAAGUACAAUGUUAAUUUUACUGACGAAUUUACAGAUGUGUUGUCUUUGAUUUCUGUAGAUUUUUAACAUUUUGUUAUUGCUGAUGAUUUUAACAUACAUUUUGACAAACCCAAGGACAGUUUUGCUGUACUGUACUGGACUCUUUUGAUCUUUCACAGCAUGGUAAUGAGAGUACACACUGUUAUGGUCACACUCUGGAAGUAGUAACCUCAACAUAUUAGCCUUUGUUAAGGAUGUCUCAUUGUCAGAUCAUUACUGUGUCUCCUUGGAUAUAUAGAGUGGACAUACAUAUCAAGAGCAGACGUGUUUGCUUUAAGAGAAGGUUUAUAAAUGACAGCACAGCAUAGCAAUGAUAUGCUAGAAAGCUUCAACUCAAUCAGUGUUACAGAUGAUGUAAUCCAGUUAAAGUUAAAACCAGAUCAUGUCAGCAGAAAGCACCAUGGAGAAGUGCUACUGCUGUUCAAAUCCAAAAGUUGUUGGACCGAUUAAGAUUGUUUUUCCUAUAACUUACACUAACUGAUGUCACUUUAUUUUCUAAUUUUCAGUUUUUCAUUAUUCUUGUCACUUAUUUGUAUUGUUAUUACUAAUAUAUCUAUAUUAUUAUUAUUAUUAUAGAUAAAAAUUAUACUACAUAUUUUACUAUGCAUUAUAUUAAUGUGUUUUUACCUGUAUGUAGCAGAGCCAGUGUAUUUCUUUCUUAUUGUGUUUUUAUAUUUAUUCUUUACUUUUCUUUAUUCUUACUUCUUUCCCGGUAUGGUUGUGCAAUAUAUGUUCACUCUGCUUUCAUGAAACAAAGAUCUAUAUAUCCAUCCAUCCAUCCAUCCAGCCAUUUAUCUAUCCACUACAGCUCACUUUAAAACACUGUUCACUUUUUAUUCUGUAAUGGCACUUUUCUAAAUGUAAUUUUUUAUUGUAUUUUUAUUUAUUGUACAAUAAAUCUAUUGUGUUAA